AGGCCUGCUUCGACAUAGUCAUGGGCUUGAUCAGCAGAAAUGUGGAGCUGCAGGAGGAGAUGAAGGAUUUAAACCGGACAGAUGACAAGUGGAGAGGAAUUACACGGAUCACGUCUCGCGAAACGCAUAAGUUCCUGAGAGCGCUGGAGUCCUUCCCAGAUGAUGUUCGCAGCGAAAAAGUAAGACCACAGGAGAUCAAGUCUGCGAAAACAAAACUUCAAGAGUUGGGCAAUGGACUACUUCCAGCAAGGAUGCAGCGGGUCAGCUACGUGGGAUCGGUCCUCAAUGACUGGGCCAAGCUUGCCUUGCAAUUCUGCCACUGCGAUCGGGGGUUUUCUGGUGUGCUGGAGCUCGAGGAUUGUGUUGAUUUAGCAGGCUGCGCAGGCCCAACAACUCGGGGCCUGGAGAAGUGGAUCCAAAGCCGAUUCAGAAACUAUCGGCGAUUCAUUCAGAAACUACGAUUCAGAAACUAUACCACCGAUUCAGAAACUUCAGAAACUAACGCGAUUCAGAAACUACGAUUCAGAAACUAUCGCGAUUCAGAGACUAUCGCGAUUCCGAAACUAUCGCGAUUCCAAAACUAUAUCGCGAUUCAGCAACUAUCACGGUUCAGCAAAUACGAUUCAGAAACUUCGAGAUUCAGAAACUACGAUUCAGAAACUAUAUAG